UCUCUUGCAGUAGGUGUGGAGUAUGUGGGCCAGCUGCUGCGGCUGGCUCGGUCUGGAUGAUCCCACUGUGGAGAACACCAGAAGUAGCACACCACAUCAGACCUUCACAAACUCAGGCUUCAGCGGUUACCCAUCACCCCCUGCUCCAGAAAACACAUGCAAGGCCUGUGGAGGUCGCUUUGACAGCCUCGCCAGGAAGCACAUGUGCAUGGACUGCAAGAAAAGCUACUGCAGCCAGUGCUCCGCUCAGCUGGACGCCCAGCCGUGGCUGUGCCACACCUGCCAGCGUUUCCGUGGGAUCUUGUACGAGCGAGCUGAGCUGAUGAGGCUGAAGGUGAAGGAUCUGAGGGAUUAUCUCCACCUGCACGGGGUCCCCACACAGAUGUGCCGAGAGAAGGAGGAGCUGGUCGAGCUGGUCCUCGGCCAACAGACACCUCCGUCUGACACACACAUUCCUCCCCCAAUAACCACGCGCUUGGACCCGCAGGUAGACCCUUACGCUCCAUUCAGCACAGCAAACCUGUCGCAGGACAACAGCACAACAGAACUGGCACCUCAGGCUCAAACAACAGAAGAUGCACAGAGCUUGGCUGAGGCGACAGCUGAAAGUGAAAUGGACGAUGAGCUGCAGGUGGAGCAGGAGAUGCAGUCUUCAGACUCUGAGGAAGUGUUGGCUCCCGGGCGACGGGCGUCCCUCUCAGACCUCAGAUCAGUGGAUGAUAUUGAGGCGUUGAGUGUCCGGCAGUUGAAGGAGAUUCUGGCCAGGAACUUUGUCGACUACAAGGGGUGCUGUGAGAAAUGGGAACUGAUGGAGAGAGUCACGCGUCUCUACCACGACCAGAAGGACCUGCAGAACAUGGUGUCUACCGCCAUAGAAGGCACAGACUCCGGAUCUGGGACGGCGGUGGAGGACUCCCUGUGUAAGAUCUGUAUGGACUCGCCCAUCGACUGCGUCCUGUUGGAGUGCGGGCACAUGGUCACAUGCACAAAGUGCGGCAAACGCAUGAGCGAAUGUCCCAUCUGCCGACAGUAUGUGGUGCGGGCGGUGCACGUGUUCAGAUCCUGAGUGACAUUUCCAUUCACGCGGUCCUUCCCUCGAAAAACAGAUACUGAAUAAAACCGCCAGGUGGCCUUUAAUUCUUGAACAUUUAUCUUGCGGCACUUUAAACGAUACGCAAUAACGCAAUAACUGUACUGGGUUCAGUUUCUUAAAAGUGUGCAUUCUGGAUGUUUUGAAUAGAAAGCUAUAUUUUUAUUGGUCAUGCGAUCCUGUCACAUGUGCAGGUGACUCAAAAUCAAUGCCAUUUCUGCUUCCGCCCCAUUAAUAAACACUGAGAGGAUCAUGUGGAAAGUGCCUCGAAUGUCACUGCCCUGCUGCUUUUGAAUAAUCUCCUCUUUAAGAACCCCCAUAUACUCAAUCUCAGGUUCGAUCCAUCAUCGACGUCCAAGCUGACACGGUACAAACGAGAAUUAGACUCGUCACACACGUCCUGUCGGUUCAUCUCAGAGAUUGACACGAGCGAGUCACGUUUGAUCAAACCGGUUCUCGUUCUGACUUUGCCUCGCUGAAUCUAUCAAACUGAACCCGAUCAAAAUCAUAAGGAAAUUAACCGUUGAGUUUUAAUGCAGAAAAAUCUUAAUGGCCUUCAUUUUCUUUAUUAAAAAAAAGAAAAAAGUAGCACACUGACUCAAUAGUAGACCAAUAGAGCUGUAACCCAUUCGGUUCUGGUCCGGUGUGCGAUACUUUUGUCCUCCCCGGAUGUUAUUUUUGGUCAUGCACCUGUUCUAAGUAUGUGUCGGCUCUCGUUGUUGUGUGGUUGAUGAAACCUCUCUGGUGUGACAGUCAAACUGCUGUUGGCCUGAUGGGCAGAUUCAUCAUUCGGGACCGUUAGGGUCGUUUGGAGGUGUUGUUUGAGGUAGAUCUCCUGCAGGAAUUGGAUUAGCAGCACUUUAGCCGUCAGUAGAGGACGUAUCAGAUGAACAUGCCUCAACGCUCCUGCUGGUGGUUCCUCGCAGGUCACAGGACAAGUAAAGGCCUGCUAACACACUCCGUUCCCUCAAGCUCUUCACAUUCAGUUAGCAUCGACUCGCGCUAUUCUUAGUAAGCCGUGUGGAAACAACAACGUAAAGGAAUGUAGAAUCCACUCGGGAAUUAUCCCACUUAUUCACUCAUGUCAUUCAUUUUUCUGUUUUUACGUACUGUUAGUCUCCUCAAAGCAACACGAAGGACCAUACUUCUCUUUUGGAGUUCACAAAUUUGUAUUUUUCAUACUUUAAAUUCCAGAAAGGGUGGCGUUAGACGCCUCCCACCAGAUCGGACAUCUUCAUCAAACGGUUUUCCUACAUGUUGUCUCAAUCCCAUGAGAAGUUUUAAUGUGGUGGAUUGUUGGGUGUGUUGUGACCAGUCACAAUGGACGUUUCGAUAUAUAUGACUGCAAAGUAAUAUAAUAUAUGACAUAUUAUUCAGUCAUAUGGAUUUUAGCAGUAGAAGUAUGAUGUGUUGUUCUCUUGUGGAGCUCGGCAGUAUAAAUCACCAUCGACUUUAACUGUAAUUGAACACUUUUGGUGUUCAAGCUGAAAAUAAUACAGGGUUGGAACGUCAUUAGGGUUAAUAAAUAAUGUUAAUUUUACAUUUUUGGAGAACUAUACUCUUUUAAUUAGAAAGGCACAAUUGAGUUUUUUUUCUGGCUUGCCAACUGUUAAAUGUUUUAUUGCCACGGUUGCCUUAAGGUUUUCUUUCGACGGGAAUCACUGAGAAAAUAAUAAUAAUAAAUAAAUAAAAGCAUUCAAAUCUCAAGACGAGCUAAUACAAAAAUGAACCCAAAGUUGUUCGAAGCGACUUUGGGUGACUUAAAACUUGAUUUCCUACCACUGUGAAGUAAUGAGACAAUAAUCAUUUUGAGGACCAGGUUUGGAUCAGUGUUGUCAUUAGUUACUGUAAAAAGAGGCAACACUUUCGUUCUCAUUACAAACGUCUAUUAAUGGUAAUGGUGCGAAGCAGACGACUUAAUUUCUUAAUAUGAACUGAUAAGAUAUAUUUUAAAAACGCAGGCUACUAAGCCACCAAAGUAGAUUUUGUGUGUUUGUUCGUUGAAGAAUUUUGUAUUAAAUAUAUUUCCAACA